GACGGUGUGAGACCUCCCGCUGCUGUUGCUCGUCGGUCACGCCCCUCGACCUCCGUGUUCGCAGUUUCCCCUCAGCGCCUCCUUCGUCAUGUUUGGCGGGGCCGUUCUCCUCGCCGCCGUCUGUGUUGCUUUCACGCAGGGAGAAGCCAACCCUCCAGGGGCCGGCGAGCCAUACCUGCGUCAGGAGAGCAUCUCGAUCCUCAAGCGACGGGAACAGAAGGAAUUCUAUUACCUCCCUUCGCAAGAAUCUGUUUUCUCCCACAACGUCUUAGACUUCGCAAGCACUUCGCACCCCGGCACAAGCGCUCAGCCAAGUAAGGAAACAACAAACGGGCCAACAAGCACAGACACCACGAACACACUGCCCCCGGCCACCACAAGCACAGACCAGUUAGCCACUACUCUUGACGCUCAGUCAAGUACCCCGUACACAAAUUGCGGAGCCGUCGUUAAUGGUGAAGUCGCUGGUGAAGGUGUUAUAGCGACCCCAGGAUACCCCGAGCAGUAUGCUAAUGGCCUUUACUGUGUGUGGACCAUAUUGGCGGGGAAAGGGAAGAGAGUGCGCCUGAACUUCGAGGACUUCGAGGUGACCCGAACGCCCGGCUGCAGUGGGGACUACCUCUUCGUGUCGCCCACUGGUCUCUCAAAUGACACGAGCGCCAGACACAUGUGCGGCACCGACACCCCGGGGGAAUUCGUGAGUGAAAAGGACGUCUUGUAUGUGGAAUUCCGAUCCUCUCCUGACGGCGACACCUGCAGGGGGUUCUCCGCCAGGUAUACGCUCGAGGAAGUCGUGGUAACCUGUGGGGACACUAUAUCCUUCCUGGAGUUCGACUUCGAGAACCCCGAGUACCCAGCCCCGACGAGGAACCUGAGCAGCCACUGCGAGCUGACCAUCUCUCAUGACUGCGAGAUCCCCAUCUGCCAAGUCAGACUGGAUUUCCACGAGCUGGAGCUUCAACCUCCCGAGUACGGCAACUGCGACUCCGACCAGUUCAUGGUUCGUGCGAAUGAGCCCGUGCCAAUCCUGUGCGGAAGCAACAAUGGGCAGCACUUAUACGUGGACGUGGCGGGGCGGGCGAGCACCAGCCUCCACGUCCUCACCAGCGAGAUCUUCCCGAAGCCCGUGGGGCACAUGGACGACCCCGUGACAGGCAACACCAUACCGCGCGAGUGGCGUUAUGAAAUCGAGGACAACCGGCGCUGGAAGGUCCGAGUCAACCAGAUCCCGUGCGACUGCGCCUACGACCACCUGAAGACGUCCACGCCGAGGGCGCCAACGGGCUGCCUCCAGUACCACGUGGGCAUCAGGGAAACCAUCAAAAGCUUCAACUUCGAGGGCACGAAGCUGGACUACAACCCCUGCUGGAACGGCACUGAGCUCGACUGCGGCAGAAGGGUUUGGACAGGUCACCUCAACAACCUGGACUACCACGUGUGCGUCAGGGGGGCGGAGGGCUACUGCGGCAUCAUGUACACGCCGACGGGGCCCGAGUCCUUCUUCCUGACGGGGCAGACCAGUUUCAACUACUCGGGGGAGACGGCCAACCUGUUCGGGACGAAGGACUGCCAGGCGGACUACAUCGUGGUGGCCAAGAGUCGCACCCCGGGAGACAACGACCCCUGGAGCCACGACCGGUUCUGUGGACAAGACAUUGGGAACUACGUCAAGGGGCCCAUCGUUAGUUACUCGACGCCGUUCUACAUGCAGGUGAAGACGGACGCCGACGAGUUCUCCCGCAGCGUCGACAUCGAGAACCGCGGCUUCGAACUCGAGUACACGCAGCUGCCGUGCUCGGGGCCGUACCUCUUCAACACCGACCAGAAGUACCGCGGCUGAGACGCCUGCGGGUUCCUGCGGGCGAACGUCAGCGCCUUCGGGAGCUCUGGCGUGCUUUGAUGGCGAUCGUUUGGAUUAAAUUUUGAUGGAC